AUGAUUUUCUCAAGCAUCCUUGAGGCCCUCAACCUCCAUGCUACUGCGACCCCUGACAAGGUUGUCUUUACGUGGGUCAACAAGAAGUGUGAAGAGCAAAACAAGAUGACAUUCAAGCAGCUGGAAGACCAAUCCAAUGCUGUUGCUGCUCGUCUCCUCAAGCUGGGAUGCAAAAAGGGUGAUCGAGUCAUGAUCGCCUAUCCCUUUGGCCUCGAGUUCUUGGCUGGCAUGUUCGGUGCCAUGAAGAUUGGACUCAAGACGGAUAUGCCCAAGUUCCGUGGAUUUGCCAAGGAUGCCGGAGCCAAGUAUGCGCUCACAACUAAAGCGUUUGCUACUGCCAUGACUGCAGCUAGUGUCCUCUACAAGACUGGAGUGAAGUGGAUUGGAACUGAUACGCUACCAAUCAAGAAGGGCAACCCCAACAAGCCCAAAGGAUAUGAGACCUACAAUGGGGAACCUGAGGAAGUCUGCUUUAUUCAAUACACCUCUGGCAGCACUGGACGACCCAAAGGAGUCAUGAUCAGCCACCGAAGCCUUGCAGAAAAUUGCAUUGCUAUUUCUGCCAUGUCCGGUACAAAUGCUUCCAAUGUUGACACUACAGUGGGAGCCUUGUGGGUCCCACAAUACCAUGAUAUGGGGCUUGUGGCAGGCUUCAUGACUACACUCUAUGCUGGAAGUUCCCUUGUCAUGGCAUCCCCUUUGGAUUUUGUGGUCAAUCCACUUCUAUGGAGUGACAUGGUAGAGACCUACAAGGCCACCCUUACUUGUGCCCCCAACUUUGCAUAUGCAUUGCUCCUCAAGAGGUUGCAACAGGCCAACCGAACAGCUGACUGGAGUUGUGUAAGGCGAGCCAUGUUUGGGGGUGAACCCGCACAAAGCCACGUUUUGGCUGCAGUGGCCAAGACCCUUUCCAUCAAGCCUGAACAUAUCUACAACAUCUAUGGUAUGGCUGAGUCGGUGGUGUUUCUUACUGGCGGACCAGCAAAUCCAGACUUUGAGGAGCUUGUCAGCUGUGGUGUAGUAGAUUCCCCAACCAUCAAGCUUCGAAUCGUACAGGAUGGAAUUGAGGUUUUGGAUGGACAAGUUGGCACUAUCUGGGCCCAGUCACCAAGGGUGACAGCUGGGUACUAUGGUCAGCCAAAAUUAACCACCUCAAAUUUUGCCAAUUCUUUGCCAGGCUAUGAUGGGAUGUGGCUUGAUACUGGUGACUUGGGCAAGAUCCUUGAUGGGCAGCUCUAUGUUACUGGGAGAGUCAAGGAUGUCAUCAUCAUUAAUGGGAAGAACUACUACCCAACAGACGUGGAGCUCUCCAUUGACGAAACUUUUGGUGGCGUCAUCCGUCCAGGCAGGACCACUGCUUUCCAGCUUGGAGAUGCAAGUGUUGGCAUUACUGUGGAGGGCCGCAAAGGUUUUGACAAGUCAGAAAAUGAAGAUUUGGCUGUUCAAAUAGCCAACCAUGUUUCACAAUUCCAUGGGCUGUUUGCCUCUGAGGUUGUUGUCCUCAAGCUUGGUGUGACACCCAAGACCACCUCUGGCAAGCUGAAGAGGAGUGAAAUCAGGCAAACGACAAUUGCUGGUGAUUGGAAAGAAGCUUGUGUACUCCUUCACUACCAGCGGAAUGAAUUUGUUGAUCCUCUUGCCAAGGGACAGAGGUCUUCUUUCUUGGGGAUAAGCUUUGCAAUGAAUGGUGUUGCCAGCAGGGAGUUUUACCUCAAUGAAGACACUGGACAUGAGAUGAUAAGAGAAUCUGUGAGUGUUGCAGUUGUAGGUGUCUUUGGCCAUGAACGCAACCCAGCCUUUGGAAUGUUCCUUGGCAGUGCUUGGCCAAACCUCAUGGCUCUGGCAAGAGAACUUGACGUUGAUCCAGUUCCUAUGGCCACAGCUCAGGAGGUUAGAGAUGUUGUAGGGAUGGGGACAGGCAUGAUCCCAGAGGCCAAUCCAGCUGAGAUUCUCCGUUUUCUUGCGGAAAUGAAUCUUGUUUACAAGUCAGGAACAGGGCAGAGUGAAACUAUUGGGCAAUACAUGGCCAGAAAUGGAUUUGACCACCACUUUGUUGUUUCUUACUUCCUUGGAAGAAUGAUCAGUUUUUUUGCUGGCAAUUCAAUUCAACAGUAUCUGGACUAUCCACUGGAUCUGAUUGCUUGGUAUGUCGCAGCCAUGGUCAUUUCACCUGCAGAUGAAGUUCUGUUCCGCAUGCGCAACAAGGAAUACAUGGCUGCAUUUGAGCGGAGACUUCUGAGCCUAGGUGUGGAGUUCAAACUUGGCUGUUCCCCAAUCAUCAUUGGCCGAGAUAAAGGUGUCUCAAUCUUGACCGGCGUAGGAGAUGAUGACAUUCUGCGGUUUGAUAAACUUGUGCUGGCAGUACCACCCAAUGCUGCACUUCAGGUUCUGGGUGAACAUUGCUCUGAUUAUGAGGGAGUCCUGGUAGACUUUGAGUGUCCGUUAGAGACAGUUGUGUACCACACAGAUCCAAAGUGGGCACUUCCCAGCAAGAUCAAUGGAGUAUUUGCCAACAUCCCAGACUGUGGAGCAUCUUUGCCUUCUCUUGAUGACACAAUCCCAAUCACGUCAUCAUUACCAAGUGACACUGACAACAAGACCCCUAUCUAUGCAACGCAUGCCUACUCCACCUUCAAUGAGUUGGAGUUUGCUUCCCCUAUUGAAACUAUGACAUUCACCCACACAAAAGUCACAUGUAAAGCAAUACUCCUUCGAAAGUCUUUGCUGCGGCAUCAAGGGAGGCAUUCUACCUAUUUUGCUGGUGGUUGGACAUGUGGUCUCAUGUUACAUGAGGAUGCUCUUGUAAGUGGAAUUCAGGUUGCAAAUACCAUCUUACAUGAAUUGGGGGGGAUGUCCCACGCUAUUCUCAAAAGGACCAUAGCACAUGGUGCUUUUGGAGGCGACAGUGACGAGGGGGGAGAAGAAGAUGAGCUUCCAGGAAUGCAGCCAGAGAGUUUCACCACCAGAUUUGCCAAGACAACCACAUGUAUUUUUGGAUCAGACCUAGAUUUUUCCAAGACGUGGACUGAGAAUGGUAUCACAUCUCUGAAGAGCGCAGAGCUAAGGAACAAGGUGGAAGAGGGGCUUCUUGUAGUUCUCCCAGCUAACUUUGAGCAACUUUACCCAACACCCAAGGCACUUUCAGCCUUCUUGGCCACAUCAAAGGGCGAAAGCUUUCCUAAACAAGAUCUGGACAAUUGCCCAGACUUUCUUUGGAAGUCCCCAAGAUCCAAUCUCAGCAAGGUGCAGCUUGGAGUCAUCCAAGCUCUUGGUUCAACUUUUAUUCUCCUAUUGGUUUUUGCCUCCUUUAUUCCAUCCUACUUCCUCGCGUCCUGGGCCAUCGACCAAAGCAGCUCAGCUGCAGAGGAAAAGCUCCACAAGCUCGCCUUUUGGGUGCUCUUGCCUCAGGUACUACCACUAUUCUUUCUAUCUCUAUCUGUGGUCGUUGUGCUGUGCAAGCUUUGUGUUAUUGGGAAGUACCUUCCAAGACAUUUUGAACUCUUAUCGUGGGACUAUGUGUGGUGGUGGUUUGUUGACAGGCUAAUGGAGGUUUGGGAGUCUCUUGUGGGAAAGUUUAUUCUUGAGACCAGAUAUAUCUGGAUCUUCUACUGGCUACUUGGUGCCAACCUGGCAUGGUCUGCCAAGAUCGAAUCAUACAUCCGCGAGUUUGACCUUGUAAUAGUUGGCGACAACGCUACCAUUGGCCACCCACUAAAGUGCAGAAAGUUCUCCCACUCCAAGAAUGAAAACCCAUCAAUCACAUUUCGCCCCGUUGUGGUCGGAAAGAAUAGUAGUGUGUCAGGCAUGGUUAGUCCAGGCGCCAAGAUUGGAAAUGACAGCAAGGUGGAGAAACUGUCAGUUGUUGAAGAGGGUGCUAUAGUACCAGAUGGAGUUCUGGCCAGAGGAAACCCAGCAUGUCAUGGUGGUUCCUUCAAACCUCAAGAAAGAAGCUACUGUGAAGACUCUGUGCUGGAUGUCUUCAAAUUUGUUUGGAUCAUCUUUGAGGCGUACCACUUCUUCUCACUCUCCUACCUGGUCCAUUUCACCCUGAACCAAAUCUUGCCAUCCUGGCGCUACGCCACCGUUCUCCACUGGUUCCUAUUGUUUCCAACCUCCUCUUGUCUUGCUUUUGGUACAAGUAUUGUUCUCAAAUGGCUUUUGAUUGGAAAGAGGGAUCCAUCUGAUGAAUAUGAGGGUUCUCUGUGGUGGCGAGCAACCAACUGGGCAUGUGAUUUCCACUUCAGCGCAGCUGCUUGGCCACUUACUGCAUUCAUUGGCCAUUCCAAGCUCUGGAUGAUCAUCCUUUCCCUCCAUGGGCUCGAUGUUGAUAUUGAAUCAGUGAUGAACAUCAGCUCUCAUACCCAGUUCACUCCUUCUAAGGUUGAUUAUGUCAAGAUUCGGAAAUCAUUUGUUCCAAACAUCUACCUCGACCUGAGCAAGCAAGCAAAUUCCAAAAUUGAAAUCAUCAAUAGCAGUGUUGGCUAUUAUGUCAAUCUUCAUGCCGGUGUCAAGAUCAUGCAGUCAAUGAUCCCCCCCAGGUCUACUGUGUCAGAAAGUAUUUAUGAUUUGAACACAGCAGACCAUGCAUGGAAGCCAAACUUGAAAGAUCUGUUGUUCUCAGAGUUUGCACAACAGCUGAUGAAUGUGAUCUUUUUUGCUGCCCUGAUUCCCACCUAUGAACUUGGCCUUUUAGUUGCCACCAAGAGUUCAUCUUUUGUGGUCUUAUCCUUUGGCUUGAUUGUGGCAUUUGUCCUUCAGCUGUUUUUGUGGCUUGUCAUGACCAGAGCAGUCGAAUGUGCUCUGCUGAGUUUACCACCAUACAGCAGGAUUCAACAGAGUCUGUAUGGAGUCUAUAUCAACAAUGUUUGGUUCUUUCGUGUCCAAAACUGGCUUGUCUAUCUACUCUAUGGCACCCCCAUGUUUGCUACCUAUGCCCGGAUGAUGGGUUCUGAAGUGGAUGGCGACCUCUGGUACUUUGGCAGCACCCUGUAUGAGUAUGGCAAACUUCAUUUCCAUGGAUGUACUAUUGUGGACAGUGCCCAUGUCAUGGCUCACUACGUGGACAUGAAAGGACUCACAAUCAAUGACACAUACAUUUCUGGCAUUUUGCAUCCAGGUUGUUAUGCUUCUGCUGGAGCAGUGGUAACUGGUUCCGAGAAUGGUCCAUGGAAGCUCUUUUUGAGAAAGGAUGAUGCCCAAAGAAGCAGGAAGCCAUCUCACAGCACAAUGGAUGAUUUAGAGAUGCUGGGGUCUAGCUAG